AUGGAAGUCACAGGUGCAUGCGAUGAGAUUUAUAUGUCACGGCGUAUGCAAGGCGAUUGGGUAAAGUACCGUAUAUGGUAUAUGGGGAAUAGAGAAUUUGGAAUAGGGGCAUUGUGCUUGAGAUGGAGUCCUGAGGUCUGGUAUUAUGGAACUAAGAGGAUCGGUCAGGUUCCAAGCGUAUCUUAUCGUGGUAGAAUGCUUUUAGGCUGCGGCAUUCAUGAAUGCCGCAAUAUAUCUUGGUCUGCAUAUAACUACCUAGACCGAGUCUGGUACAGUCCAGGCCAGUCCGUAAACGUCAAAGGGUUACCGACUGUCACCGAAACCCCCAUCUGA